GGUGGCGCUGCCCGCUCGGCCCGGCGCUCCUGGAGCUGCGAGCCGCCGCCGCGGUGAGCGCACCUGCCCCUCCUCCGCCAGGCGGGCCGCGGGGCAUGCAGCGGGCCGGGGGCGGGGCUCUGACGCCCGGGCGCAACUACGGGCUCCCAGGCAGCCUCCGCCAGCUGGACCUCGCCGCCCUCCUGAUGCUCCUCGUGGACGCCGACCGGCCGGAGCCCAUGCGCAGCGGAGCGCGCGAGCUCGCGCUCUUCCUGACCCCCGAGCCUGGGGCCGAGGCGAAGGAGGUGGAGGAGACCAUCGAGGGCAUGCUCCUCAGGCUGGAGGAGUUCUGCAGCCUGACCCACCUGAUCAGGAGUGAUACUUCACAGAUCCUGGAGGAACACAUCCCAGUCCUUAAGGCCAAACUGACAGAAAUGCGUGGGAUCUACGCCAAAGUGGACCGGCUAGAGGCCUUCGUCAAGAUGGUUGGACGCCACGUCGCCUUCCUGGAAGCAGAUGUGCUUCAGGCUGAGCGGGACCAUGGGGCCUUCCCACAGGCCCUGCGGAGGUGGCUGGGAUCUGCAGGGCUCCCCUCCUUCGGGAACAAGUCGCCUGCACCGGUGCCCUUGACGUACGAGCUGCCCACACUGUAUAGGACGGAGGACUAUUUUCCUGUGGACGCCAGGGAGGCACAGCACCGCCCCCGCACCUGCCGUCUGCCUCUGUGAGCUUUGCACUCUUCCCCUCAGGAACGCUGAAAGUGGCACUGUGUACAUGGAGUAGCUUGGGUCUUUUUUUAAUUUAUUUUUUGUGUUGCUGUUUUAUUUUACAUUUAAAAAAAUUUUU